AUGCACUGCACCCGCCAGGAGCGGAGCCAACGCCGGCGGGCGGCCUCGUGCCACUCCCGACACAUAAAAAGCGCGUCGGUCCGUCCGUACGUCCGUCACGCGCGUCACGCCCACGCCGCAUUAGCGCGCCGCCGACAAUUGCACCGCGAUAAUAACGCCGCUGGUGUGCUUACCCCGAGCCGACGUCCAACGCAUCCAAUACACAUUCAAAUUGCUGUCACGUUCAACGCAAAGUUUUCUGGUCCGACGAAAGUUGCCCGCAACGUGACAUUACGGUUGAUCAGUCGGAACACCCGGCUCCUGCUCCGCUGCCUCGAGCGAAACCAUCAGGCACCAGGUGGUGUUGUUAAAAGAGCGCAGUCGGUUGUAACUAACGUGACGGCGAUAUACGAGCGUGAUGCAACCAAGGGGCUACGAUACAUCCAUUGGGAGGGCGGACCAGGAGUAAUUGCUCGAGUGGGGGCGCAUCGUGUUAGCGAGAUGGCGUCAGCCAACACGCGGCACGGGAGCGACGCCGCUACGGCGCGGUUGCGGUACGUGAGCGGCACGCCAACUAGGCGGCCGUGUGCCGGAUAUUCGCGGCUGGAUAGAUGCACGCCAGGCUGGAGCUUUUAUUUGUGUACGAGUGAUUUACGAGGGCGCGUGUGUGUCGCC